GGCACCAUGUCACGCUGACAGCAGCCAGCUGGAGCCGCUAAAGGAGAUUUUGUUUUGCUUCUAACGCAGCUUUGCGUUUCAUUUAUUCGUCUUUUCAACGGAAUACAUCCUCUCCAAAGACUUAAAUGCAACUGUAACGUGAAACACUGUUUACCGGAAGCCCCUCCGCCAGGUCCAGCGUGUUGGCAAUGUCUGCCAUGUUCAGCCCAGGUGAACUAGAAGGUGAAGUGGAUCAUUCGUUUUUCGACAGUGACUGUGAUGAACGCAGCGUCAGUAAAGAUGGAGGGGGAAAGGAGCGCCUACCACCACAUGAGAGCCUACUUGCAAAACAGACAGAAAACACAAAAGGUGGCUUGUCCCCGAGGACUGAUGGGCCAAAAAAACAUGUGACAGCAGCUGACAACAACAGUAGCAGCAGAGCAGAAAGGAAGAAGGACAUCUGUCAGUCAAAGGAAGAAGACAGGAGCAGGGUGUCUGGCGUAUCUGUUGCAUGUGCAUCAGAAAAGGUCAUCAGUAAUAGCAGUGAUAGUGAGGCAGACUCUAAUAUGCACUCUAACAGGUCCAAAGGAACACUCAUGGCUUUGUUGACUGAGGCCAGAGAGUUUGAUUAUAAAGAUGUGUAUAGUCAGAGUCCAAAUGAGUCUGAAGAGGAAACACCACCAUCCAAACACUCAGGCUCAAAAGGGAGAAAUAAACAGUCUCCUAAAAAACUGAUAAGAAGUCGGCGCACCCGAACGCCAUCCCCCACCUCAACCGAGAGUAGCGUAGACGCAGACUCGGAGCACUCCUGUAGCAGUAGCAAUGGGAGAGGCAGUUGUGAUUCCCCCGUCUUUCACAGGGCCAACAAACCACCAUCUCCUGGAGUGAGAAGGACCAGAGUGGGCUCAACAGGAUCUCAGGAGGGGCCUAUUGGCCGUACAGAGGAGUCAGAGGAUACAGUGACAGAUGUGAGCCCCCUCUCUUCUUCUGACUUUAGCCCUCUCCAGUCGUUGGACCUGAACAACACAGAGGCAGAAGAGGGUAGCUUGAAAGAGCAGCAGCAGCAGCAGCAGCAGCAGCAGCAGGAAAGAGUGCCCUCCAGUGGCCUCAGCAGCAUACAUCAAGAUGAGGACUCAGAUCAAGAUGUAGACGACUGCUCCCUCAGUUCAGAGAGUCAGCUUGGAGGUAAACUGGUCUUGCGCUAUCCUGGAGGGAGGAACAGGAAGAACUACUCAUUCACUAACGAUGAGGUCCGACGCAUAGAUCGCGAGAACCAGCGUCUUCUUCGGGAGCUGUCCCGCCAUUCUCCAGGGCCCAGACCAGGAAGUACAGCAAGAAAGAAACCCCACGUGGCCAGCAAGUCGCCUCAUAAUCGCCUCUCUCACAGCGCUCUUAACAGACAGCGGGAACAGCAACGCAUCGAGAGGGAGAACCUGGCUUUCCUGAAGAGGCUGGAGUCCGUCAAGCCUACACCUGGCCUAAAGCGCUCAGAGCAACUGGAAGACUAUCAACGACACAUGGGAUACCUGGGAGCUCCUUCGUACACUGUCUGUAUGUCCACCACUAAUAAAGAGAGGCCUUCCAGUAAGACACCCUCAGCAGGACCCAGGCCAGCCAGUUCUGCCCACCACAGCUCCAGAGCAGUUUCCAGCACCUCUGACUCCGGCAAAACACCCGCACCUAGGUCAAAAAAACUAAGUGCACCGCGACCGGCCUGGUGCUGAAAAAACACUGCCAUUUUCAACGAAGCACAUCGCUAGUUCCCUUUAGUGACAUCUGUUGGUGUCCAUCCAUCACAAACGGUUACGUUUUAAAGGUAUGAAGCUUAAAGCAGCUUUUACAUGCAUGACUUCACCUGGCUUUUACUUACCUAAAUCAGCUAUUCAGUGAUUUGUGUCGUCAUGGUUAUCAGAUAAAAUGAAGGUGGACUUCUUUCAUUUUGAUGCUGAAAUAUAGCAAAUGGUCAGCUCAGACCUACUAUAAUGCAUUCCAACAGUUCAGUUGUGGCUUCUGAAUACUGCAGUAGCUCUACACGACAGUUAUCUAGCUGUAUAUUUGUAAGGAAUAUGCUCUAUACUUCAGCAGCCAUAUUGAAAUUACAGACAAUUAACUGUUUAUGUGAGAGACCUUACCAUUAAAUCUGCAUUUUAUUUUUUGUUUGCCCUCGUUUCUCGUAUUUGUACAAUUUAUGAUGCACUAGAGAAUGAUGUAGAUGGAAUAGAUGAAAUAUUAUUUUGGGUUAUGUAUAUUAUGUGCCUUAUUAAAUAAAGCUGCUUGUUCCAAUAGUUAGAGGUGUGCUGUUUUACAACUGGUGGACAGAAAAUCUUUUUUUAAUGCGUUCUCUCCUAAAACAUUCUUGAGUACAUGCCACAAUCGGUGGCCAGGGGAGUGGUUGUAUAUGAAACUACUCAAUAUUUCUGUGGUGCUUGUGACUUUGAAUAUUGCACAUUAUCAAACGGUUCUUUGCAAAACCAAAACUGCUGUGAUACAAACCUCUCAGACUUUAUGGUUAUCGUUUGUCAGCAGUGGAGGUGUCAGAGUACAACUGGUGAAAUCCCAUGUAUGAACCAAUAUUUGCCACAAACUACCAUACCACAAGUAAAAAUCAGAGCGAUGAUGUCACUUUAUAAUAUAAAGACAGAAUCCUAAUUACUGUGUUUUACCUGCAGUGUGUUCUUAAAAAAGCUUUUUCAUUGAAGACAUUUGACAUGUCACAGAAGGAAAAGCACAGGUGUGAAUAAUAAAAUGAAUGACAGCUGAAUUCUGUUUUACUGCUCCAGUUUUAGGGUCCUGGUGUUUUGCGUGGUGCCUCAGUGUCACAUGAUCAUGGCUCUCUUACACUAAACAGAACAACGGUUAGUACCAUUAGUGACACCAGUACUUGUUUCAUCCUACUGGUAAGGCAAAAUAUCUGCUUUGAAAAAGGCCUGUUAAACUGCAGAUGACAGGUUGCCAUGUCAG